UAGUAACAUAUUGCUGGAACUCCGGACGGAACAACUCGACACAAGGCAUAAGUAAUAUUAUUUGAGCAACAAAUGAAGACAAUAGCAAAAAUGCAAAAAAAACUUUCGAUGCUGCUUGGCCGUCGUCUGCCGACUGUAAGGCGCUGCCGACCACAGCCACUCGAUGAGGAGCAGUCGGUGGCCAGUUCAUUGCUGAAAAAACUCGACAUGAUUGGCAGCCAGCUGGUUCAGGACAUAUUGAGCGGCGUGCACCAGCAGGCUGGCGGCCUGACCACUGCCACAAUUAUGGGCCGAGCUCUUAUAGAUGAAAGCAAUGAAUACAUAUCGAGGGGCGCCGAUCCCAAGCAAAUUCGUGUCGGCCUCAUGGCAGCCGUGGACGAGGUCAUUCGUCAACUCAAUGCCAUGGCACGACCCAUCCAUGUACCAUCCAUGCAGCUGCUUCGCGUGGCCAUCACAUCGGCGCAGGGGGAUCGGGCCAUUGGUGGCCUCAUCUACCAGGCCAUCAAAAGAGCUGGACUGGAGGGAGACAUCUCCAUAAAGACCACGAACACGGCCGACGUGGAGUUGCGUUUUUCGUACAUGGACGCUGAUGCUGCAGAGCCUGCACCAUCGCGCAUCUGCCAUCUCGACAGAUGGGUGACCAUCCCCGCAGUGGACACUCUGCUGUCGCAGGUCUAUGCCGUUGUCUUCUUGGUCGGCGGUUCGAGCGAGGCGGACAAACAUCAGAAGAAGAAACUCAUCACUGACGCCGUCAUGCGAACGCGCGCUGCCGUCGAGGGAGGCCUCGUGCCGGGCGGCGGCACUGCCCUGAUCCGGUGCAUGAAGCCUCUCGAUAGCUUGAUGGUCGAUAAUAAAGAUCAGCGACUAGGCGUGAGGGCCGUGCGCCGAGCACUACGCAUGCCCUGCUGGACCAUUGCACAGAAUUGUAACAUCGAUGGCAGCCAGGUUGCACGUGUUAUGGAGGAAUACCGCAUGUGCGAGGACUUGGGCUUCGAUGUGGUGUCCGGAAGGUGUUGCAGCAUGUCCGUGCAGGGCAUAAUGGAUCCCACCAAGGUGGUGCGCUCGGCUGUCACGAAUGCCGCCGGCAUGGCCUCGCUGCUGAUCACCGACCACGAAUUUGUCUCUGAAUCUGAUAACUAGUUGCGCUUGUG